UCAAUUGGGUUUACUCGGCGAAACUUCCUAAAAGUGAAAUUUAGAAAUCUGUAUAUGUGUGGAAGUAGAAGUUUAGACUAAAAACAACUUCUAAACUAAGAUUGGAUCGCUGCCGAAAUGGAAACGAAAAAGUUCAAUACAGUUAUAAAUGCGGAGGAAGAUCAUUUGGUAUCUAAGUCGCUAAAAACAACCAAAAAGCUAGUUAAAAAGUCUGUAAAAACUAGUUCGAAAACUGAGCAAUUGGUGAGCAGCGAAAUUAAGAAAACGGAAUCAGUUAAAAUAUGCGUCGAAGACGAGGCAAGAAUACAGUCAACAUCAGAUAUAACGAACGAUGCAGCAGAUGAACUAAAUGUAAAUGCUAAGAAAAAGAAUAAAUCAAAAAAGCCAAAGAAAUGCGAAUACGAUAAUCAAAAUAUAUCUGUGAAGAGCAGUUUCAAUAAGUUUGAUGCCCUGCAGAAGCGCAAUUUAAUCCAUGUACGUUCAAGCAAUUCUAGUAAAGCCCAAGAAAUCUUCAGUAAUCCACAAGAUGAACAGCAGACAAAUUGUCGACUCUGCUCGAAGCCAGUGUACAAAAUGGAAGAGGUUGUUGUGCAGUUAAAGACGGAUAAGAGCAUCUAUCAUAAAAGCUGUUUGCGCUGCAAGGAGUGUGCCAAACAGCUGAAGUUCGAUAGCUAUCAGAGUCACGACGGCAACCUCUACUGCAAUGUACAUUUCAAGUCGCUCUUUGCGCCAAAGGUGGUAGAGCAGGCUGAGGAACCAAAGCCACGUCGAACGGAGCUCAUAAUACGUGAAAGCCAGCCGACAGAGCUGCCACCGGAUGUUGUGAGGGCAUCUGAUAAACCGGAUCUGGGUCUGGAUGAACUUCAUCAAUUGAACGUUCGUUCACGAUUCGAGGCAUUCGAGAAUGUGGAGCAGCGCAAAAUAGAGGAGGAGCAAUUGCGACUGCAGCAACGGCCUGUGAUUAUGCGUAGCACAUCUGUACUCGAAAAGUAUCGCAUGAAGAGCCAAGGCGACGAUAACGAUAGCAGCGCUGACGAUGACGACGAAGAAGAAGAGAACGAAGAUGCCGAUUUAAUGCGCUCAAAGCGAAGCACACAAAAAGAACGGCCCGUUGGCAUAGGCGAUGCAAUGAAUGAUAUUAAAACCAGAUUUGAAAAAGGCACGCUUCAAUCAAAAGAAGAACGUCGCGAGGAGCGCAAACAAGAAAUUCAAAAUAUACGCUCGCGGCUCUUUAUGGGCAAACAGGCGAAAAUUAAGGAAAUGUAUCAACAGGCUGUCGCCGAAUCGGGUCAGGCCCGCACUUCCAUUGGCAAGCAACCGGAUGUGGAGAUCGGCGAUGCUGCUCGCUCCAUUAAGCAGCGUUUCGAAAAUGGCGAAAUGUUUGCGGAAAAAGGCGAUCGCGAUGCGCAAGCAGCUAACAAUGGACACGGUUCUAACUUGUCCGAGGAUGCCGAAAUAUUUGAGUCGGCUAUCAGUAAAAAAUCGCGUAGCAUUUUUAUGGAGUUGGAUGCAAAUAUCGCUUCGAAUACGAAUGCAAAUCGCGAAAGUUCGCAGAGACAACAAAGCGUUAAUCCCUGCGGAAGCAUUAAUCAAACUCAAUUUGGAUCAGAAAAUGUUGACAUUGAUGUUGUCAAAUCAGAUGCCAAACCGGAAGAUGUCAAAAUUGAAACGGCGGAAUUGAGUCAGAAAUUCAAGUUCUUCGAAACGUAUCGGCCCAAAGAUGGCGAAAAGCGCCGUUUUCGCAUAACGCCACCUCGCGAGGGUGUUGUGAAAAUGCCCUCUCCCGAUUCAGGUACGGAUCCAACUCCGAAUGAAAAAUCUUUCUACGACAAUGUGCUGCAAAAAACCCAGACAACAUCGACGAUGUUGAACAAGUUUCGGGAAUUGGAACGGAAUCCACGCCGCGGAGCUGAACAAAUGGGUCCCAGGCCUUUAAAAUGUUUUACACCGCCGCCACCCGAAGAUCGACGAGCCUAUUACGAUAAAUCAAAUAGCGAAGAAGACGACGAGGAUGAGGAGAGCGAUGAGGAUGACGAUGAUGAGAUCGAAAUCGAUAAGGAAAUAGUAGCUUUGAGUACGAGCCAUGGCGACGAAGCUUUGAAAGAGGCACAAAGUGCAGCUCGCGCAAAGCAAUUGCGCGCCAAAUUUGAAAAAUGGCAGGCCAAUGAAAUCAAGCGCGAAUUAAUUGAAGGCUAUGUGGAUAUUUACUCACAGCAGGUCUCCGAUGAUUCAACAAUUGAGACCGCAAAGACCAUACGCGAUCGCUUUGAAAAUAUGACAAACCAAGAGCGCAAAUCGCCAACUGGGCCGCGUUAUCAGGUUAAUCGUUUUGUGUAACAACUGGAAAAUGGAAAAGUAAUUCAUAAAUUUACUUAAUUUAAAUUGCAA